AUGGACCUUGACUCUGCAAUCACGCUGCGUAACACCACGUGGAGCGUCAUCUUGUCACAUCUGGUCUUAACCUGUGUUUUACUUCUGGCCACUUUGGCUGUGAUCCGCUGGCACGUCAGAGAUUCCUACAAGGUCGAUGCUCUCGGUCAGAAGCAUGUGUUCAUCACUGGCUGCGACAGUGGCUUUGGGAAUCUUCUGGCCCGGCAGCUGGAUGGAAAAGGCCUCCACGUCAUAGCUGCAUGCCUCACGGAGAAAGGUGCAGCCGAUCUGGCUUCGGCAGCCUCCCCCAGACUGAAGACCUUGCUGCUGAAUGUCACUGACGGCAGGAGCAUCGGGAGGGCGGUGGAGUUUGUGAGCAGAGAGGUCGGGGAGAGAGGACUGUGGGGGCUGGUGAACAAUGCCGGCAGGUCGAUACCCAUCGGCCCAACAGACUGGAUGCAGUCAGAGGAUUUCACGAAGGUUUUGGAUGUCAACCUCAUAGGAGUCAUUGACGUGACCCUGCAGUUUCUCCCUCUCCUGAAGAAGGCCAGGGGCAGAGUGGUAAACGUGGCCAGUAUCAUGGGAAGACUGUCCCUCACCAGUGGAGGAUACUGUAUGUCCAAAUGGGGAGUUGAAGCGUUUUCUGACAGCCUCAGGAGGGACAUGCAGCACUUUGGUAUCAAAGUGGGCAUCAUCGAGCCCGGCUUCUUUAAGACGGCGGUGACCAGCUUGGAUCUCAUCAACGGCGAUUUGAGGAAGCGAUGGGCCCGUCUCCCUCAAGAUGUUAAAGACUCAUAUGGACCUGCGUACUUCGACAAGUACCUGAACGUUCAGGCCCUCUCCAUGGGCCUCCUGUGCAGUUCAGAUAUCUCCAAGGUGACCAGGUGCAUGGAGCAUGCGCUGACUGCUCGCUGUCCCCGUACACGCUACGGAGCCGGCUGGGACGCCAAGCUGUUCUGGAUUCCUCUGUCUUACCUCCCUUCGUUUGUGUCAGACUUUUUCGUCAAUGCGCUCCUCCCAUCACCUAAAGCCACCUGACGAGCAGACGCCUCUGUCUGUACAUAUAAAAAAAGCUGUAUGAAAAUGGGACAAGAAUAAAAAUACACUAUUGAAAUAAAGGAAAAAAUAGCAAGACUGUUACAAAGAAAGACAUUUAUUAAUCUGUGUCUCAGCAGCAUCAAUUUAAUUCACAUGGGCAUGAUUUUCUUUUUUUAAUGUAAACUCAUAAUUAUUAUACAAAAAGAAUCAGUCUGUGAGGAAUUCAUUCACUGUACUCAGAAAUGUUUGCAUAUGCAUCCCCAAGAUUAUUAACUACACAUCCGUGCAUCACACACGGACACGUUCAUCUAUAUCGGCCAUUAAAAACAAGGUGAAAAUAAUCAUGUUCAUUCAAAUUCAAAUGGGUGUGAUUAAGUACAAUAGUAUGCUUUGCACACGUUUAAGUUCUUAUUCCUCGUCAUACUGGAGCAAAAAACGAAACCGAGUUAAAAUCUUUUUUUUUUUGUUGAUCUGUAACUUCUCAGCCCUGAAUGAGAUACAAUAUAAACAUGCAAGUUGAAGUAAAUGCAUCCUCAGUUUAGUUUGGUGGCCAAAUCAUCAUAACCCAACAUAUUUCAUUUGAUCAUGUAAGUACUGUACAUUCAGAACGCAGCCCACCUUUAAUUUGUGUUAUACCGUGUUUAUGCUGAACAUUUGAACUAAUUCGGAUAUUUCUGACAAAAAAAAAAUCGUACCCUUGAAAUUUACAAAUAUACAACAUAUUAACAUUUCUAUCAGCAGCUUCAGUGCAAAGAUAUACAUAUUGUACAUCAUAAUAAAGAAAACAAAACAUUGACACAAGAGUUGGCAUAAGAAAUGUCAGAAGGCAUAGUCACAUAAGAUUUUUUUCUCCAAUCGUAGAGACAUAUAUACAUAUACAUAUGUCCUUACACAAUUUGAAUUUUGUACACAGGCUGCAUAAAAAAAUAAAUUCUGUGCAAAGUGUGUUUCUUUGAUUCCCGUCAGUGACAGCGGGGGUUAUACGUCGCUGUCCUCUUUGACAAGGGUGGCCGUGUCUU